UAGUUUGGUCUAACCAAAAUGGCGAGUCUCGUGUAGGGGUCGAGUGUGACUGCUUGACACAUUUUCAGCAUUUUUAUAGAGUUUAUUUUCUACCUUGCUACCUAUCCCGUGAGCCAUGUUCACAAACAUAGGCCUGCGGGCUGUUCUGAAAUCGUCCGCUGGUGUUUUGCGGGAAAGUUCCGCUCUGUGUUCUGCUGUGACAGUGAAACCCUGGACGUGCAGCUCGGCUUUACUGUCCGGACCGAUAGUGAGUCGUGUUGCUGGAAGCUUUGCGACUCCACCACCAGUCAGGCACUAUGCUCGGGUGGCAAAGAAAAGGAAGACAGGCCCUGAGAGCCAUCUUAGUGAUCUUGCUCCGACAAUGCUGAAGAUGGAUUAUGCAGCUGUACCCCUUGCUCAAACGACUGAUGAUCUUGUUAAGCGCAUUCUUUCGCUGGAGUUAGCAAGUCAUAGUGACAAGCUGCAGAUUAAAAAGGAACAGCUGAUAGCAAAAGUCCAAAGGGAUGAGCAUGAUCGCAGCUCAGUGGAGGUCCAAGUGGCAAUUUUGACAGCAAGAAUUCGGAACUAUCAGGAGCAUUUGCUAAAACAUCAUAAGGACAAAGCUAACAAGAGGCGGAUGCUCAUGUCCAUUGACCGAAGGAAAAAGCUUCUGAAAAACCUUAGAUUGGUUAACUACGAUGCCUUUGAAAAAGUGUGUGAGCAGCUGGGCAUCACCUACACCUUCCCCCCAGAGUACUACAGACGAGAAACUCGCCGCUGGAAGGCCAAGAAAGAAUUCUGCAUUAAGGUCUUCAAAGCAGUGCAGAAGCAGAAAGCAGAGCAGAGGCUGAAGAUGAAGCAAAGUUUAGCCUCCACAGAGACCGCAGCAACUGAAGCAAAAAUGGCUGAGACCCAAUAAAAGACAAUAUGCUGUAUAUUACAAGAGCUAAUUCUACAAGCUUGUCUUGACCAACAUCUUUACUUUGAGACUCUUAGUUGUGGUAAUGUGACAUAUGGAGAAGUGGGUUCUUUUUCUUAAUGUGUUGCCAUCAAAUAAUAUUACUCGCUUUUGUUUUUAGGUUGAUGCCCCAGUUAUCUAUAAAUGUAAGCAAUUAAAGGAAAUAAAACAUC